CACUUCACACACACAUUUAGACACAGCAUCUCUGACAGCACCUCGCCUCACGCUGCAGCAUCGCUUCCUGGCGGAAGGCGUGUGUGUGUGUGACGGUCAGCGUGUGUGUGUGUGUCAGGAUGAGCGGCAGCAGAGUCGUGCUGUGAGCUGUGUGAGUGGAUUCCCUGCGCAUCCCAUCACUGAAAGCUCGGCGUGCUUCAUCUUCCAGCCGCAUGUCUUCUCCACGAUCCAGCAGCAGCAAGAGGAAUUCCUCGGAACUGGACUCGGAGCACGCUCAGAAGGUUCCAGAGGCAGAGUCAGGACAUCAGCAGGUGAAGCUGAAAGACAGGCAGAAGUUCUUCGAGGAGGCAUUUCAGCAAGACAUGGAGCAUUACCUGUCCACCAGCUAUCUGCAGAUCGCAGAGAGGAGAGAGCCAAUAGGAAGCAUGUCUUCCAUGGAGGUAAAUGUGGACAUGCUCGAGCAGAUGGACCUGAUGGACAUGUCUGACCACGAGGCCCUGGAUGUCUUCCUCAACUCUGGAGCAGAGGACAACAGCGUGGCUUCACCCAUGAUGGAACCGGACGUGGAGUCUUUCGGAGCCGAGAUCACCCUGCAGGUCCCGACACAGGCCGAACUGAGGCACAAACUCGCCUCGCUUUCUUCCACUUGCACCGACUCGGCCAGCCAGGACACCCAGGAAGAGGACGAUGAGGAUGAGAGGGGCGGAGUCAGGGACGAGAGGGAGAAGAUCCCACAAGCAGGACAAGAUCAACCGUCCAAGAACUGUGCAAAUCGUGACUCGUCCACAUAGACGAACGAUUUUUAAAACUGUGCUCCACCCUCAGUGUGUGUGUGUGUGUCUUGUGGUAUUUUAUGAUCUCAUGAGGUUUUGUAUUGUACAGAAAUCCCCUGGUACAGUAUGUGCCAUGCAGCAUUUAUCUGAUCCUCUUAUUAUAUUAUAUUAUAUUAUCUCCCAUUCCAGCUGAUGAGUCCACCUGCUCGCUUUAUAUAAAGCAGCGUCACCUGAGCUGUCAGUCUGAUUUUCAUGAUUCAU